UUGCAAGUAAAUUCACUUUUGAGAUCGACAGGUUGAGGUUAACUCUGACAGUUGGCAAUUCUAGUGCAUGCAACAGCAUAUUUUACUCCGUAUUACACCGUUGUUGUAUCUUUUCAAUAGCCUACCGUGGAAGCACAGUUUCGAAAUGUUAUUUCUAUGUUUAUUUGUUGGAUUGAUUCUACAUGUGUCCUUGGCACAGGUUUACAACUACAGACCAGGAACGACUCCAGCCUCCAACCCUUACGUAGCGAUGAUGCCAAUGCGUCCGCCUGGCUGUGGGGCAUGCCCCCCUGCCGACUGUAGGACUCUGCCGCCCAUAGUCUGGGGCUUCUGCUGUGGCUGUGCUCUCCCUUUCGAUCGUGUCCCGAUAUCGUGCCCCGCCAACAUGUUAUGUCCGCCUCUGUCUCCUCUGAUGUGUCACAACUACAACUAUCUCAUCUUUGUAAUGUUCCAGAUCGUGUCCCGAUUUCGUGCCCCGCCAACAUGUUAUGUCCGCCUCUGUCUCCUCUGAUGUGUCACAACUACAACUAUCUCAUCUUUGUAAUGUUCCAGAUCGUGUCCCGAUAUCGUGCCCCGCCAACAUGUUAUGUCCGCCUCUGUCUCCUCUGAUGUGUCACAACUACAACUAUCUCAUCUUUGUAAUGUUCCAGAUCGU